AUGGAAACAUACAGUUUGACAGUUGACUAUUAUUUCGUCUAUGGUAUUUACCAGUUGACUGUCAGUUCCGUUGGCCAACGUCUGUUUUUCUCGUAUUUUGUCGUAAUUUUGUGGCCAUGUGUGGUUAUAUCUACGUGCCGAACCAAAGUUCUAGUGAUGCUAUCCACCACUGCAAAUAAUAAAGUGAAGAAUUCAAAAGGGUCGGAGGCAACAGAUGGUCCUGAUCGUGAAGACAUCGCGCAGGAAAACACAACGGAUGAUAAGGUCAGAGGUUAUGUUGGUUCAUACGAUGCGUCCUCGUCAUUCGGAGGGCCGAGGGAUGGCCGAUUCCGGGGUCGCGGUAGGGUCACCGAGUUCCGGCAGUCGCGGGGUGGCGGUCGCGGCUCGCGCGGCCGCGGCGCUUUCCCGCCUCGCAGCGAUCGCGAUACCGCCGACAAUCCCUACAAAUAUCACGAACCGCUAGCUCCCGCCAACAACGACUCCUGGCCCCAAGCAAGCACCAAUAAAUUUUACGAGAGAUCUGAGCUUGUCAUGAAUCUACCAGAAGAUCCACGCAUAUCUAAACUCCUGCGCCGCCUGUGUGCCGAAGUUGAUGUAGAAAAAUCGCUUGUCAUUUGCAGCAAGCUUCAAGAUGCUGUCAUGCUCCCAGACAAUGCUCGGUAUAUUCGAAGAUCUUACGACAUAUUGGUGGAAUCUCUAUUGGAUGUUUUGUAUGAUGCUCCCGGCCCUGAGACAAAGGAAAGCGCAGCUGUGGUCCUUGGCAGGAUCGGAUAUGUCAUGGGCCCUGACUUUCGCAAACACCUGGACUGGGUUGCCUCAACAUAUGCUGUUCACAACACGUCUAUAAAGCAUUUGAUUACUCUCUCCUUUGUUGAGACAUUCCAACUUGACUACCAAACACCAAACUUGAGUGACUUUGCAGAGUCGACUUUAGACAGACUUCAAGUUAUCAUUGAAGGGACAGAUUCUGCUGAUGUAUUUAUGGCUGCUAUAAAUGCCAUGAUUGUGUUAUCUAACUCAUACCCAGAUCAAUUUUCCAACCACUUUGUAGAUACAGUUGAUAUACUUGUAGGUUGGCAUGUAGACAAUGCACAACCAAAGAAGAUUAAAGACUUUGCUCUGCAAUCACUGUUCAAACUAAGCCGCCACUGGCAAGCCAAUGUGGGCUUCUCUAUCAACUUGCUGAACCAGUUUCUUGAAGACAUGGUGGCUUACUCCAAUGACAUAGACUCAAAUAGAACUGAUGACAAUGAAACCAGCUCAUUUGAAGACUGUAUGCAGAAGAUAACUUCAUUCCUUAAUGUGUUCAAUACUGUGGUAAAAAGCUUGGGAACACUGUUGAGUCCUUCAGCUUCACAAAAUGUGUCUUGGUCUUUCCUGACCGAAGCUAUGACAAAAGUUCUACAGGUAUUAUCCAAAACUUUGAAUACCGAUGCCGACUCUGACUUAAUUUUAGCUGGCAAUGAAUGUAUCAUGCUGCUACUAAAACACCUGCAAGGCAAGUCUACUUCAAGCUCACAUACACUCUUUGGGCUGAUUUCAAUGGAAAUGGAAAACUAUCUAGAUAUUGAUGAAAAUGUUUGUUUGAGUGUUAUACGUUUAAUAUCCACAACUAUAAAAGAAAUUGCAUCUAAUUUACCAAUAGAGUUCAUCACUCAGACUAUCGGCCCUGCCUCUGAACUACGGCCUCUGCGGUACUCAGAAAGCAUUCAAAUUCAGCAAGGUGUCAUGUCAGUGUACAGUAACUUUUUAAACUUGAAGAACAUUCCACUUUUGCAAGAAACCUACAAAUAUGUUUUGACUGACAUACAAAAUUCAUAUUCAGCUCUUAUACCUGAAAUCCAAAUUAUACAGCCAGAAUACCUAGAAGAAGUGACUCAAGAGAAUGCUGAAAAGAAUGUGAUUUUUUAUCUACAGUGUCUGUCAGAACUUGCAAAUGCAAGUAAUUCAAUCAUUGGAAUGUGGGCCCUACAGCCAAGUAUUUUGGAAUUAUUGGCUAUUAAAAUGCGUCCACACGACGAGAAUAUGAUGAGAGAAAAGCCUGCCCUUCAGUACUCUAUAUUGUACUUGCUCUACUCUCACUGCAAGAAAAAUAAUCACUUUAUAGCUUCAAGUGAUUUGGUGACAAACACUCAACAAAGAACCAGUGACAUAUUUGGUUUGUCAAACCUUAGUUUGGGAGAUGUAUCAGGCUCCAGCCCCACAUCUGGUCACCUGGCUGUCAUAUUGAACACUCUGAGUAUAAUACUGGAUGAGGAAGUGUCAAAAGAAACAUUAUUACUUGUUCUACAUUGGAUAUCAGACAUAUUCUGCCAGUUGGACAAAUAUUUACCGAUUGUGAGCAUGUCGAAAGGGUUCAUUGUUUUAAUAACAAACAUGCUCUCUCUGGCACACAGUUUUGAAGAUGACGUAGUUUUUCUUGUUAUGAAAAAUUGUCAACACCUGCUCAAAAACAAGAGUUUGACCUGGAGUGUAAUACUGCUGAAGACAAUUGCUAAUAUUUGCAUACUACAUAUUGACCAUCAUAAUCGGUCUCUCUCCGAUAUUUGUAAGGAGCUCUUGUUUGAGUUGCCCUGGGACAUAGUGCAGUUGGAAUUAGACAAACAAGUACUUAAAGUAUUUGCGUCGCGGAAAGUGAGUCUCAGUGUACUCAACAAUGAUUCAAAAGCUAAUUCAUUUAAGGAAUAUUUAAUGAAGGGAUCAUUCUCAAGUUUGUCAAACCACCACUUUAAACUAAUUAUGGAUUGCCUCCUACAGCUUACAUUUGAUGACAAGGUAUUCUUGAUUGACGCAUUUCUGACAUCUUGGCCCUUACAGGCACAGGAUGCUGAUGAAAACAACUUGUUAUUUUUUCGCCAAUGUGCCACAAACUAUUCCUCGGUCUGUAUCGGUUGGGCGCUUUCAGAAUUAGCUCAUGCCUGCGUCUCUAUGAAACUGCGAACUGUCUUAGGAAAACCUCAAGAGACUUUCAUGAAAAUAGAAGGGGCAUUAAAAGGAAUUGCUAGGGAAACAUCGUCAGCAGAAACAAAAUAUGUUACUACGGAAAAUUUGAAGUUAAUAGACGUUGUUGUAACUGAGCAAACCAGGGCACGCUGGGUGACAGAGUUCAUGAUGUUUCUUGAAAAAUACAUUUACAAUGCGGCUGAUGGAACAGCCACCGUGUUGCCAGCUGUGUCUAAACCAGUAAGGACAUUUUUCCAUACGAAUUGGCCUACAUGUCGAGAGUGGCUGACGAGAGUGCGUCCUGCAGCGUUAGCCGUAAGUUUGUAUUCCGGACAUUUCGGUGCUGCAAUAUAUCAUGCUUCGCUGAUAUUACAAACAGCUGCAAAGUCGAAUACUAAUAUUGAUAUCGAAGCAAUUACCAUGAGUGUGGCGCGUGCACUAAUAAAAAUUCAAGAACCAGAAGUUUUACACGGUCUGUACGUGUGGAUAAAACACACUUUCGAUAAGAAAUUUCUGUGGUUGAAAGGCGCCGCCGAGCAAGCUAAUUCGCGGCACGAACUCGCAUUGGAGUUCUAUAAGAAACUCAAUAAAACGCAAGAAGAUAGGAAAGAGGCGGGUGAUAAACCACAAGUUGAUGUACGGAGUAUCAAAUUCGUCGAUGAACAAAUAAUGGAGAACUAUAAACAAAUACAAAACUGGGAGGAGAUGCAGGAAUGGAAAGAAAGUGAUCAUCAAAACAGUAAACAAAAUUCACAGUGGCAUUCAUUUACUGCUUUGAAAACUUUCGAAGAAAACUCCGAUAUCCCCGCAGAACUAUGUAAUUGGGAUAUCUUGGAUAUUGGGUCAAAUGAGAUACCUAAGAACGUAUGCUCUUACCAAGGAAUGAUUAAUAAAAUUGAGUCGACAUUAGUAUGCACAGCUGUUAACAUGUAUUACACUGAUUACUCGGAAAAAUAUGCCAAUUUGAUAAAAGAUUGCGAGACGUUACUGAACUCGUGUACAGAAGAACUAACUAGAACGAAUGCUGUACAUUUCUUGAAAGAAGUUGCAGUUUUGCAGUUGGCUAAUUACGGCCUGAAAAACGUGAUCAAAAAUGGAAAAUUGAUUGUCAAUCCUUUCAAGCCUUCCGCUGUGAAAGAUAACAAAUAUGGAAGCGAUCUGAAAAAUCUCAGUCGUGUACUGUGGUGGCACCAAUACUUUACAAAAUUGAAUAUAACCGAAGAAAAUCUAUUCUAUGGAGAAUGCAUUCGCUUGGACGUGAUUAAAAGCGCGAGAAAGAACGCCAAUUUGAUGAUGGCCAAAAGAGAGCUUCUAAGACAUUUUAAACAGAACUCGGCAUUCCAAAUGUGUUUGGGAAAUAUGAACAAUUUAGAUGACUUGAGCGAAGUUCUCCUGAUGACUCCUAAUACCUACGAGCUAGAUAUUUGGACUUUAAAUAAUGCCACUGCUAUGACAGAACUAUGUAAACUGACUUAUGUAAAAGAGGAUACCAAGAACCGUGCUAUCAACUUAUGUGCAAAUAUUAGUUUGAGUUUCUCCCAGAGAUUGGCGAUGGGUGAGCAGAGUUACGAACUGCGCGAAAAAGGCACUCGUAUGUUAUUGACUUUAUCAAAAUGGGUGCAGAACGAGAAUGAAAAUGUUUUAGAUAUAGAUUCGCCAUUAACGAAGUUGGUGUCUGCUCUACCUGAGAUUGGUUUGGUUGACAAUAACAUAUCAGAAAACGUCAUUCCGCUGUCAGACUCUGCUGUGGGAAAAUUAUUACAGUUUGGCGUGAAUCAAUGCCCUGGAUUGGCGAAAGCGUGGGCGAAUUUCGCAGCGUGGUGCUUCAGAUGGGGCAGGAAGAUGGUUGAAUUCAGUUCUAAAACUCGGGAACAACUCACAGAAAAUGACAAGCUUCAGAUAGAAAGUGUAAUGAUUGGAUGUUCGCCGCAAGACUUUGAAGCAGUUUGUGAAAUACUAUCGAAAACGAAAGCAACUUGCGAUGAUGAGGACAUUGAUUGGAAUGAGAUCAAUACAUCUGAAAUGAUAGAGAGCCAACUACGAACAGUACCGUCUUUGAGUAAUGCAUUUCCUGAACAUCUUGCGCUGCUGGUGGAUAUUUGGCGUCAAGCUCAGAAAAGAGUAUUUUCUUACUUCGAGCUAUCGGCUGAUGCUUACUUCAAAUUCUUGCAGCUGAUUUGUGCUUCUGAUUAUAUCAAUCACAGUGGAGAGAAUGCUGUAGUGAAUGCUACGCUACGUCUUUUGAGACUCAUAGUAAAACACGCUAUGGAAUUGCAAACUGUCCUUGAAUCGGGUUUGGCGAACACGCCUACUCAGCCUUGGAAAGUCAUCAUCCCACAGCUGUUCUCGAGGCUUAAUCAUCCAGAGACCUAUGUAAGAAAAUGUGUUUCUGAUUUACUUUGCCGGCUUGCAGAGGAUACACCUCACUUGAUUACAUUUCCAGCCGUGGUGGGGGCUGUAGAAACUGAACAGCACGAUCUGUCAGAACUCAGUGUCGUCAAGUCUUACUUGUCCAAUGACCCCGUAAGUGGAGAAGAUAACCUAGAUCUAGAGGAUACAGGAAGCGAGAAAAUCAUCAACAAUGAGUUAAACUCAUGCUUCAUGGACAUGGUAGAAACGUUAGCUAAACAAGCUCCGAAAACGAUCCUGCAGGUGAAGUUGUUGGUAAAGGAGUUACAGAGAAUAAAUUUGCUAUGGGACGAGUUAUGUCUCGGCACAUUACUACAACACCAUUCUGAUUUCAACAAACGCUUGUCACAAUUGGAAAUAGAGAUCGCUAAAGUGAAGAAUAACGAAAACUUAUCGGCUGAAGACAAAGAAAAUUUGAUUAAAGAAAAACAUCGCAUACUAUUUGAACCAGUUGUGUUUGUAUUGGAACAGUUGCAUCAAGUUACUUCAGCUAAACCAGAAACACCGCAUGAGGUUUCGUUUCAAAGUAAAUUUGAGAGUCUUAUUGUCGACGUCAUUGACAAAUUGAAGAAUCCUGAGAAUCCAGAAAAACCGCAAGAGUCGUGGGCGCCUCUAAAACAGUUACAAAUCAAACUGCAACAGAAAGUAAACAAGAGGACAUCUUACAUAUUGAAGAUGUCUGACAUAAGCCCCGUGCUGGCAGAGAUGAAAAACACCGUAAUAACUAUGCCGGGAGUACAUACACAUCAGAGAGCCGUUAGAGUGACAAUAAAGUCUGUUGAAAAUAAUGUUGCUAUAUUACCAACCAAGACGCGGCCUAAGAAACUGGUAUUUUACGGGUCAGACGGAAAAGCCUAUACUUACUUAUUCAAGGGCUUGGAAGAUCUCCACCUCGACGAGAGAAUAAUGCAACUGCUAUCGAUCACAAAUACAAUGAUGGCGCGUGAUUCUGAGAAUAACGACAAUCAAACUUAUCGAGCUCGACAUUACUCAGUCAUUCCAUUAGGACCUCGAUCCGGCCUUAUCAGCUGGGUGGACAACGUGACACCAUUGUUCGCGUUGUACAAGCGCUGGCAGAAUCGUGAAGCGGCUAUACUAUCGGCUAAGACCAACAAGACUGUGAACGUGUUGCGCCCUUCGGAGCUUUUCUUCAACAAGCUGAAUCCUUUGUUGAAAGAAGCGGGGGUGUCGACGGAGAAUCGCAAGGAAUGGCCGGUGUCGAUAUUGAAGCAAGUGAUGCAAGAGCUAGCGGCAGAGACUCCUCACGACCUGUUGUGGAGGGAGUUGUGGUGCGGGAGUGUGACGCCCGAGCAGUGGUGGCAGAUGACGCGUCGGUACAGUUACUCGGUAGCGGUGAUGAGCACUAUCGGCUAUAUAAUCGGACUGGGUGAUAGGCACUUGGACAAUGUGUUAGUGGACUUGACGUCUGGUGAGGUGGUGCAUAUAGACUACAACGUGUGCUUUGAGAAGGGGCGAACGCUGCGGGUGCCGGAGAAGGUGCCCUUCCGGAUGACGCCCAACCUGGUGACGGCGCUCGGCGUGACUGGAGUUGAGGGCAUAUUCCGGCUCGCCUGCGAACACGUGCUGCGUACGAUGCGUCGUGGCCGCGAGACGUUGCUCACGCUAUUGGAGGCGUUUGUGUACGACCCGCUGGUGGAGUGGGGGGGCUUGGGCGGGGGGCGCCGCCGGCCCAGCGCGCGCGACGUUCGAUCCGCCCUCGCUAUGUUAGCCGUGCGUGCGCGCGAGUUGCAACAACACUUCGCUGAUGUCACGGAACAGUUUCUCUCUGUGUUGCCCGAGAUCAAAGAAUGCGCUGAUAAAUGGCUCCAGGAAAAUGAAGAGUUGAAAUCAGUGGAGACACGACUACAGGAAUGCCACCAACAAAUGGCACUAAUCAAAGAGAUCGAAGCUUACGGAAAGAAUCUGAGCAGUCAUCCACUCUACGCGAUUUCUCAGAAAUACACAUCGUACAAACAAGCAAAGAAUGCUGUCGAAGAUUCUAUGAAAGCUCUUGUAAAAAUCCUAAACGAUUUUGACACCCAAAUUGAAAACUUCGCAGCGACCAACGAAGUCAUUAACGGACCUCAGUUAAUGGCAUGGGUACAAGAGUUCUCUGCCCCCAGCGAAGACGAUGACAAACCCAUAUUUGACCAUAUCAAAGAAUUCCUGACCAACGCUGGACAGAGUUCUAUGAUAUCCCAAUGUGAACAAGCUGAAACUGAAUUGAACCAAAGCAUGCAGCAGACGAAUCUUCUGGUCAGGUCAUGUCUGGAACUUUUGUCCCAGUACGUAGCUGUAUCUCAAUACUACCCACAAAGUCGCACUGAAUACCAUCAUGUGAUGAUGUUCCGCAAAUACUUGGCUACGGCUCUAGAAAGCAAGUCUCCUGAAGUAUGCAGGGAGGUGGCCAAUCAAGUAACCGCAUUAGUAAACUCAGACACUGAUAACAGCGACCGCGCUCAACAGAUUGUAGCUUACAACUACCGUCUGCAAACAAUCAAUGCCGAAGCUAAUGCAAACCUGACGAAGUCCUUCGAACGAAUGCAACUAGAAGGUGGCCCUGAAGCGAUGGCUUUGGCUCAAGAUGCGUACAGAGACGCUAAAGCGAACAUCAGCAACUGGGUAAGAGCUGAAGAAGGCGCUGCCGCCGCUUUGGAAUGCGUUGUGAUUGGAAUGCUUUGCAACUUAAAUAGAAGAUAUUUGAUGUUAGAGAACGGAGCUCAAAGCGCUGGAGAUUGUCUGGUAGAUUUGACGUCAAGAGAAGGAGAGUGGUUCUUGGACGACAUGAGUGCUUUGUCGAACCAAGCUGUGGAACUGCUAUCAUUACUGCCUUUGCAAUCAGCAUCGGCUGAAGACGCCGCAAUGCCGGUGGCUGUGGAGUGCGUGCGGAAUGCAAAUCUGCUUUUGGCUGAUUUAGUACAACUGAACUACAACUUUAGUACGAUAAUCCUGCCGGAAGCUUUGAAGAAAGUUCACUCAGAAGACCCUUCUGUGCUGAUGAUGAUCUCGGAGCUAAAUGCUGUCAUCAUGAAUACUCCCGUGCCGCUCAACGAUCUGCUCGCACAACUGGAGAUGCAUCUGAGAUACUUGAUCAUGGAUAUGGAGUCACCAGCCAGCGGCGCUCAAGUAAUAGCAGCAGAGCUCCGCACUCGAUACGAGGCACUCCUGUCAGCAUCACCGGAGACCGAGGGCCAGUCCGCGGGCCGCAUGUUGCUGAUGGGUUUCAACGGUCUCUUCGCGGCCGUGGAGCUGCGGGCGCGGGAGUUGGCGGAUCACCUGGCUGCACCGAUACCGCCGGCCUGGAGGAAGAUCGAUCACAUCAGCGAUGCUAUGCAUAUGUCUGCGGCAGUCCAAAGCCCAGUGCUGCGCUCGGUCCUGGAGGACAUGUUCCUGGUGCGGCGCGUGCAGGUGGCGGGCGAGGUGCUGGCCAUGUGCGCGGCGCUGGCGGCCGGGUUCAGUGCGCAGGCGCCGGGGCCGGCGCGCGGGCCGCUCGACGACGCGGCGCUGUGCAAGCCUGUAAGGCGUUUCACAGCAGAGUACGUGUCGCGCUGCGUGCUGGGAGUACAUUCGAAGGCGCUGGCGUGCGUGCUGUGUCUGCUGCUGCGGCGAGCGCGGCUGGACCUGAACGCUGAGGUGGAGCAGAAGGAGAUUGGAGCAUCAUGGAGCGUGUCGCUGGAGUCCCUGUGCGAGAAGGCCCGCUCGGUGCGCGGGGUGGCGCCUCUGCUGCUGGAGCGCGCGCGGCAGCUGGCGGGGGCCGUGCAGGCGGCGGCCAGCUGCUCGCAGCGCCUGCGGGCGGCGCGCCGGGCGCACCAGGCGGCCGCCGCCGCCGCGCACGCCGCCAGGACCAGGCUGGCUGCGCACGCGCAGCUGCACGCCGAGAUCCUCGGCAGCAACCAAGACCCGAGUCCGGCAUUGGCCCGAAGAUCCAGAGAAUUAGCUGCCGCUUGCGAGCGACUCAACGCCGCUUGUACUAAGGCUCAAUCUCUCGUGGCUGCUGCUCAUCAGAGAGUGGUGUGGGGCGCAGGCGCGAACCCGGCGCUGAAGUCGCUGGUGCGCACGCUGGAGGCGGCGUGGGGCGCGCGCAAGCAGCGCUGCGGGCGGCUGGCGGGCACGGCGGGCGCGCUGGCCGCGCAUGCGCGCCGCGCCGCCGCCGCGCGCGCGCCGCCGCCCGCGCCCGCCGCACGCCCGCACGUGCGCACCGCCAAGACGGCCAGGACGGCUCUGGCGCACUGGGAGAAGGCAUGUGUUCUGGCGCAGAAAUAUUCAUUGAAGGUGUCACCAGUCGAAGAAUCACUCAUGGAAAUGUUACACCCAGAAGGAAACAUUGACACGCAAUGGGUGGAGAACGUGUCGGCGCUGCUCCGCGAGAUGAUAUCGCAGCUGCGGGCCGAGGCGGCGGCGGGCGCGGCGCGCGCGGCCGGGCGCUGGGCGGAGCUGCGCUCGCGGCGCGGGCGCCUGGCGGCCGCCGCGGCCGAGCGCGCCAAGCCCGCCGCGGACCUGCGGGCGCCGCUGCAGCUGCUGCAGCCGCUGCACCACGGCAAUAACCCAGCCGCAGACUACUUAACUCUCGAAAAAACAGUAUCAGAUCUCGUACAAUGCGUGACGGGCGCCACGGAGGAUGAAGCGAGUGUGGCGGCCGCUGCGCAAGCGCUACAGCUGCUUACGAGUGAAGUGCCAAAACUUAACGACAUGCUUCAGGAGUUCCCGGCGGCGUGGGCGGCGGCGGGCGGCGGCCGCAAGCUGGCGCGGCAAACAGCCGUGGCCGCGCCCGGGGCCGCCGGCCGGCACGGCGGCAAUGUGAGCGGAGGUGGAUCACGCAGCGUGACGGGCGCCGGCGUGUGGAAGCGAGUGCGGCUCAAGCUGGAGGGGCGCGACCCCGAGCCCGGGAGGAAGUCCACGCCCACCGACCAGGUGGAAUACAUAAUAUCGGAAGCGACAAGCGCUGAGAACCUGUGCAUGAUGUACGAAGGCUGGAUGUCUUGGGUGUGAGCACGCAGCAGCCGCCCUGCGGUCCCGCCCUCGGCCCCCCGCGGCCCCCGCGGCCCCCCGCGGCCCCCGUGGCCCCGCGUCCCGCGCCUGCGCCGCCCGGCCCGCGCGCCAGGACACGGCAUCUAUGACGACACCCGCGAGUUCGUAAGAGUUCGUAAUAACGGACUGAGUUCGUAACGAACCGCCCUGACGGACCGAGUUCGUCUGAAAGUUCACCGACAGAGGGAUGAAUACAUUCACCGCACCGGCCGCGCGCGGUCGGUGCUAGGAUACGGCAGGAAGUAAGCUAGUUAUUAAUAUUUUACGUUUUUCUUUAUUUUUACAAACGGGCGUCGUAUGUUUGCGGGUCGCUCGGCCUGACCGGUUCAUUAGGCCUUUUACCCGCCUGCAAAAGGAGGGUUAUAUUUUAAGUUCCUUUUUUAUUUCGAAAUUUUAUAUCAAUGAAACGCAGCAUCGCGUCCUCACUUUGGGUCAUAUUUUUGCUUAAACUGGCAUCUACUUACGUACAGAUAAAGACAUUCUUAUUAUUUCGGAACAUCUUAUAUGAAUUGCAUUCAUAUUAUUACAAAUGUAACCAAAAUUUUAAAAACAAUAUUUUAGCAAAAUUAAUCUAUUUUGAGGACGCAAUUAUCACCAUAUUCUAGAUUUAUAACAAGCUUUCAAAAUUAAGUAAUAUUCAUUCGUAUUUACAGGCAAAUAAUUUCUUGAAAACUUUGCCAAAAUUGUUUUAAUUCAACUUUUGACGUAUGAAUACUACCUAAUUUGGAAAGGUUUAGUAGUAAUACAUAUAUAUUCCAUAUUAUCGCUCAAAAAGAACUCUUGUGCUAAGUGACGAUCGAUCAUAUUCUAACAAGUUUAGAAAAUUGGUCUGAAUGUAGGGUUACAUACAAGUAGCACAAAUUCGUUGAGAGUUCGUCCAUACCGGCAGGUCGAGCGCCUAGUGUUAGAAUAUCGUUUCUAUGUAGAAGGCUUACUGUUAUACCUUUGCAGAACAUUGACUUUUCAAACAUGAUAUAAUAAAUACAUUCUCGUGGAAUAUUUAUUUAAAAUACAUUUGGUAACUUUUAAUUCUCAUAGUCGAAUAGAUUUCAGACAUUUUCAUACGAAUAAGCUAACGCAAUCUGUUACCGAUCAUUAUAAUACAUUUUUGUAUUUAAACAGUUUUGUUACUCAGUGUCUGCUAUAGAGAAAAGAACUAUAAAAAUGUCAACAAAAAAUCUUAUUCUAUCAUAAAUGUAACGAGUUAUAUGUUCAUCUAAGGUCAUCUUAAGGUUUGUCUACAUAACCUGAAUGUAAACGUGUUAAAGGUCGUCUAAACCAUCUAUCUCUUCAUUCGAUUAAAUAUAUCGCAUAGAUAUAAAUGCUAAACCGAACUCGUUUUCUGUGAAAAUCCCGUAUGCAUCUUGCGCAUUUAUUCAUAUAUUGAAUUUUCAUACUGCAUUGGAAAGCAGAAAAUUUUGAAGAUAUUUUAUAUUUAUUUUGUAUAAAACUCUAUUCGUCAGGUUGCUACAUGUAAGUAACGGUAUCGAUAAAUCUUUUUUAAAAGCAACUUGACAUAAAUUGACGUUAAUUGUUCUUUAGAACGAUUAGUAUGUGGUAGUAAAUUCUUCGAAAAAUAUUACUUUUGUGACGAAAUUAUACAUUCUACUUAAAAUUACUUUUACUAAGUCCAUAUUCGAUAUUUAUAAUGACAAUUAAGCGAUUUCCACACAAAACGAGUUUACAUUCAUUGGAAACAUUAUAUAUGUACCGCGUUAAUGUACCUUCAUAUUCAUGGGUGUGUGGCGUGUGACAGGAUAGAAAGUAUACCUAUUUGUUAGUGGUGUGCGAGGGACAGCGAAUGUCUACUAAAAACCAGAAAUGGAACCUGUAGAAAAAUACAUUUCAACGUGUACUUAACUAUUUGUUAUACACGGGCUAAAAAGAGGGAAAAAUGGUUAUAAACCGCACUAAAAAUAUGAAAAACUACGCCAUUUUGCGGUAAAAAUAAGAACUAUCUUUUUCUAUAAUAAAACCCGUUCUUUAGACUAAAAUGUGAUCACAGCGCCCUCAUGACAGGUUUUUUUUUUAAAUAUUAUUGACCUGGAUUUAAAAACUAGAUUUUGGCUCAGUUAAUUUGAUGUUAAGCCGUUUGGGAAUUAAUAAAUUCUAAAUUCGUGAGAGCCGUUUACUAAACAUCUAUUAUCUCAUUACUAGACUCAGGAUUCCUCUCAUUCAGCCUCUUUGGAUUUACACUCUUUUUAGCCAUAGUACUUUUUUCAUAAAAUGAAGUGAACAAAACGGGAUUUUAAACGUAUUUUCACUGAAGCAUUCCCGCUUAUUUUCGUAGUUGGUACUUGGUAGUUAGCCUAUAUACUUCUGGUUUCAUAACUCCUGAAAUUGCUAUAGGAUAUAAAUAGAAAUGCCAUGUGUCAUAAGUACCUAUAAAUCAUGUGCAAAUAAGAAAAAAAAUCCUCGGGAAUAGUCGUAUUAUCACAUUAUUUCAUAAUGUAAUAUUUCUUCAAUUCGUAAUCUUAUGUUUCCGAUGUCGGGUUUUCUGAAAAAAAAAAUGUUUUGUCAUUAAUUCUUAAACAUUCGCUGGUAUGUAUGUGUCGCUUCAUAUAGUAUGGUAAUAAUAAAUGGUGUAUGUAUGUCA